GCAACAAUUUUGAUAGCAGCGGCUGAUGAAAUGUCUCGUCGACUGCCAGCGUUAACGAGUGUCCAUGUUUGAAAAUGCAGUGAAACAGAACAACACGCAAAUGAUCAACAUGUUAGCAACAUUAAGCUGGUUACCGCGGUUCUCUUCGCUGGUACGUCCCCGGCUCUGCUAAUACACAUCCACAGAUACUGCAGCAGCGGUGCUAUCGGACGUUAGCUAUCCGGAACCAUCACUCCUCCGAAACACAACGCUUAAUAAACCCAAUCAGAAACCCCCCCCUGCUGUGAUCAGCAUCAGCUCCGGUCUUCCUCCUGACAGCAUGGGCCCGAGGAAGAGAGGAGCGAGGAAGAGGAAAAGUGAAGAGGAGUUGGAAGGAGAGAAGGAAGAAGAGGAGAAAACAGAGGAGGCCGAUCAGAAGGAGAAAGUUUGUGGAAUCUGGAAAGCAGUGGAGACCUGCACAGAGAUCGGUGGCAGCAGCUUCGCCCUGUUUCUAGGCUCCCAGCGCUCAUGGAGGAGGCCUGCCCUGGACCAGACAGCUGCAGCCAAGUUUCGGGAGCAAGUUUCCCUCCAAGGUGUCGACCCAGCCCACAUCCUGCCUCAUGGGUCCUACCUGAUGAACUGCGGGUCUCCUAAAGAGGAUGUGUUUGAGAAGAGCCAGGCCCUGCUGGUGGAGGAGCUCAGCCGCUGCAGCCUCCUGGGACUCAACCUCUACAACUUCCACCCCGGCUCCUCGCUGGGCUCCAUCACCACUGAGCAGUGCGUGGAGAAAAUAGCGAGCGCUAUCAACCACGCUCACCAGCAAACACCUGCUGUGGUUACAGUGUUGGAGAACAUGAGCGGCCAGGGCAACACUUUGGGCGGAAAGUUCUCUGAGCUGAAAAGCAUCAUAGACAAAGUGAGAGACCAGGCCAGAGUUGGAGUGUGUCUCGAUACCUGCCACGCCUUCGCAGCAGGAUAUGACGUGGCGGCAGUGGGAGGAGUGGGUGCCAUGCUCGACAAGUUUGACCAGGAAGUGGGGCUCCACUUUCUCAAAGCCAUUCACCUCAAUGACUCCAAAGGUAAACUGGGCUGCAACCUGGAUCGCCAUGAAGACGUGGGUAAAGGUCACAUUGGAGUUCCUGCUUUCAGAGACAUCGUCAAUGAGCCGAGACUCGACAACAUCCCCCUGAUUCUGGAGACACCUGGGCGGGCAGGAUUCGAGUAUGCUGAGCAGAUUGAAUUUCUCUAUUCCCUCUUUGAGAAAAAAUAAAAGAAAUACACUUACUGCUGAAUUAACACUUGGGCAAGGACCAAAGUGGAUGAGGUGGUGGAUGCCGUUCCCCUUAAACACACACAGAAGUUAUGUGGUUGUAUAAUCACAAUGUGAAAAUGUUUAAGCAAGAAAUGUUCUUUUUUUGAUUGAACUUGUUAAAUAAACGUGUUGUUGAUAGAA